CGGCUAAUCCUCCAAACCAGCCCUUAUUANAUUAUAUACUAUUCCGAGGAUUAUGAGAAAAAUUAAAGCCUUCCAUCCCUCCUCUCCAUCUCUCUCUCUCUCUCUCUCUCUCUCUCUCUCACACUUAUAAACUAAUCUAGCUAGAGAUAACCAGACAUGGGAGAAAAUGGCUUUCAAGAGUCACUAGUUUGGGACUUUAACCCGGCGGAAUGGGCCAGCCCCGGCAGCGGCGAUGUAGUGGCCCCACCGGGUCUGAUUGACAAUGCCAUCAAGAGCGAGUCGUCGCCGCCGCCACCGUCUCUACUAGGAGAGGCGGUGGUUGGGGCGGCACCGUCCCCCGGUAGGAAGAGGCCGGGGUCUCCCCCUCUUCCUCCAGCGGGGGAUCACGAAGGGCAUAUUUGGACGGAGAGGGAGAGGAGGAAGAGGAUGAGGAACAUGUUCAGUAAUCUUCAUGCUUUGCUGCCUCAACUUCCUCCCAAGGCUAGUGUUCUUGACCCUCCCGAUGAGGUAGACAAGUCGACAAUAGUGGAUGAAGCUGUGAAUCAGAUCCAGGAACUUCAUGCCACCCUCCACCAUCUCCAGAAACUAAAGCAGCAAAGGAAAUCAUCAUUCUCACCGCCACAAAAAUAUGCCACCAUUACCGCCUCCUCCCAGAGGGAUCACAACCAUCAGAUGACGACGACGAGGGAGGCGUUCUUGGCCGCCGACUACUGCCUCGGUGGCUUUCCCAACAAUAAUAACAACAUUAUGGUCCAACAAUAUUUGCCGGCGGCACCCAGCAAUGACAAUCAUGCGGGGGUGGAGGCGGCAGCAUUUUAUAAGACCUGGACUUCACCGAAUGUGUCGUUGAACGUGUGCGGAGACGACGCACACAUUAGCGUUUGCUGCCCGGCAAAGCCCGGCCUCCUCACAACCAUUUGCUACGUGAUGGAUAAGUACAAGAUCGAGGUGAUUUCCGCUCACGUAUCUUCUCUCCUUCAUCUUCGCAGCAUGUUCAUGAUUCAUGCCCGCGUGACGGGUGGAUAUGCGACUCAGUUUCCGGUGGAAGAGAUAUACAGGCAAGCUGCAGAAGAGAUCCUGGUGCUGCUAUCUUUGAAUCAAUCGCAUAUCGGCAGGACAGGUAAGUCAAUUAAGUUGGUGCAAGUUCUCAAGAGGAAAAGGAUUAAGGUGGCAUGCGUGCAAGAAACCAGGUGGGUGGGCACUAAAGCGCGAGAGGUCGAUGGUUUCAAACUGUGGUAUUUAGGCUCAGCUAGGGGAAGGAAUGGAGUCGGCAUUCUGGUGGCGCCGGAGCUGCGAGAGUUUGUGGUGGAGGUGAAGAGGAUUAGUGAUCGUCUGAUGUUUAUCAAGUUGGUUUUGGGUGGGUGUGCGAUCAAUGUCGUGAGUGCUUACGCCCCGCAUGUUGGCUUGGCAGACGAAGUAAAGAGGGAGUUUUGGCUACGGAACCUACCCCACCAACAACCAAAAGUCCGAAGUAAGGUGGAAGCUAAGAAGGUGGCGUAUUUGAGGUACAUGGUCUGCAAUGUUGAGGAGGAAAGAGCGGCGUUACGGGUGGAGUACAAGAAGGCACGUAAAGAAGCUAAGUUAGAGGUUACGAGGGCAAAGAAUGCUGCUUUUGAACGCCUCUACAAGGAUAUUGAAGAGAAAGGCAGUGUUAAUCCACUGUUCCGGCUUGUUAAGGUGCGUGAGAGGAAGGCCCGAGAUCUGGAUCACGUGAGAUGUGUGAAGGGCACCGAUGGUAGAGUGUUAGUUGAGACUACCAAGGUGGUUAAGCGCUGGGGGGAGUACUUUAGUGAACUCUUAAAUGCGGGAGGAGACCAGAGGUUAGUUCUUGAUGAGUUGGGGCAGUCUAGGGCGUCUCGUGUGUAUUGCCCGCACAUUUGCCAGGAAGAGGUAGUUCGGACCCUCCUCGGGAUGCGAAGUGGGAGAGCUUUAGGACCAGAUGAGAUUCCGGUGGAGUUUUGGAAGCAUGCGGGGUGUGGUACGAGGCUUUGGUUAACCAAACUUUUCAAUGUUAUCCUCCGGACAGCAAGGAUGCCUGACGAGUGGAGGGAGAGUCUCUUGGUCCCUCUGUUUAAAGGCAAAGGUGACAUUCAGAGCUGCGAAAAUUACAGAGGCAUCAAACUGCUUAGCCACACCAUGAAGGUUUGGGAGCGAGUCAUUGAGUAUAGGGUGCGGAAAGGGGUUUGCAUCUCUGAGAACCAGUUUGGUUUCAUGCCUAGCAGAUUGACUACAGAGGCCAUUCAUCUCGCGAGGAGGUUAAUGGAAGAGUAUAGGGCUAGGAAGAAGGACCUUCAUAUGGUGUUUAUUGACCUUAAGAAGGCGUACGAUAGGGUGCCAAGGGAGGUCUUAUGGAGGUGCCUUGAGACGAGAGGAGUUCCCAUCGUGUACACUCGCGCUAUCAAGGAUAUGUAUGAUGGGGCUAUGACCAGGGUGAGGACUUCCGGGGGCGACUCUGAGUCUUUCUCGGUAGGGAUGGGGUUGCACCAGGGGUCUGCCCUUAGCCCUUUUUUGUUCGCCUUGGUGAUGGACGUCCUAACCCAAGCUGUUCAAGAAGGAGUCCCAUGGUGCAUGCUUUUCGCGGAUGAUAUUGUGCUUAUCGAUGACACACGCGAGGGACUUAACGCUAUGUUGGAACUAUGGCGCCUUGCCCUUAAGACUAAAGGAUUCAGAAUAAGUAAGAACAAGACUGAAUACAUGGAAUGUCGUUUCAGCGGCCGGGAAAUAGAAUCAGAAGUGGAAGUUAGGAUUGACUCUCACCUAGUACCUAAGGUAGACAGGUUUCGAUAUCUUAGCUCGGUGAUCCAGGUUGAUGGGGAGUUAAAUGGGGAUGUUGGACACCGUGUUAGAGUGGCUUGGUCAAAAUGGUGGUUAGCCUCAGGGGUGUUGUGUGAUCCGAAGAUCUCGCUCAGGAUGAAAGGCAUGGCGCCGGUGGAAGAUAAGUUGCGGGAAGCGAGGUUGAGAUGGUUUGGUCAUGUGAGACGGCGGGAUGUUAACGCCCCUCUUUCGGUGGCAUUAAUGGACACUUCAGAUUGCCCUUUAGAUUUAAGCGGUUCCAACUUCACACUGGCCGCUUCCGUCUGCUCUGCCGGAGAAGACAGAGGAAAGUGCUGCCGCUACAUCAAUUUCUUGAUAGCCAUUUCGGCUGCUCUAUAUGCCAACCAAACGGACAACCUGGGCGUGAAUUUGGAGACAUCUGAGGUUUGCCGGCAAAUCAUAGCACGGACCCUGCACCUGCACGGGGUGAGCAGGGCAGCCAUUGUUUUGUGCGGGUUUGGAACGAAAAUUCCGGUGAACUAUGGCUGCCAAGGCCGGACUACAGUGUCCGACAUGGUUCAAUCUCCCAAAUUCUCAGAUGUGGCUGCAAAUUGCAAUGCUGCCCAGGUCUUAGAUGACAGCCAUUGCAAGAAGUGCUUGAAUUCGGGAAUUUCCUUUUUGCGCGAUAUCUUGGGUUCGCCCCCUACAAAUACAACUUUGAGUACUUGCAGAGAUGCAACUUUUGUUGCGCUUGCUAGCCGGGCUGAUAAUGCAUCUGCCCUUGACUUAGGAAUAUGUUUCUUUGGCGUUCAGGGGCUUGUUCAUCCUACAGUGCCAUCUCCUGCAAUACAUCCACAGCAGGUGUCUCCAAGUCCAGAGGAUGCUGCCAGUCCCACUCAGUUUUCCAUACUCCCAUCAACAAAUGAGGAACGGCGUCAAUACCACCUCACAUUGGUUCCAAUGGUUGGCAUAGCAGUUAUAGUGUUGUCUGUUGUGAUGCUCUAUAUACUUUCUGUUCUUAUCCGACGCACAAACAAACUGGUAGAUUUUGAGACUGACAAAAUAUCUUCAAAACAAUCAAAAGUGUUCUCCCCAGGAAAAUUUCAGGAAGGUUCAAGUGGCAUGUUCAGAGAAUUCAGCUACAAGGAGACAAAGAAGGCGACAAACAAUUUCAGCACAAUCAUUGGAAAGGGUGGAUUUAGCACUGUGUUCAAAGCUGAAUUCCAGGAUGGUUUUGUUGCAGCUGUGAAGAGGAUGGAUAAGGUGUCUAAGCAGGCAGAAAAUGAUUUCUGCAGAGAGAUAGAACUACUUGCUCGCUUACACCAUCGCCAUCUCGUUAACCUUAGAGGUUUUUGCGUUCGAAAACAUGAAAGGUUUCUAAUGUAUGAGUAUAUGGCAAACGGAAGCUUACACGAUCACCUCCAUUGUGCAGCAGGCAUGACUCCACUCAAUUGGUGUACUAGAAUUCAGAUUGCAAUUGACGUGGCGAAUGCCUUGGAAUAUCUCCAUUUCUAUUGUAACCCUCCACUGUGCCAUCGGGACAUCAAGUCGAGCAAUAUUUUGCUGGAUGAGAACUACGUUGCGAAGGUUGCAGAUUUUGGCAUCAUCCAUGCUUCGAAAGAUGGCUCUAUUUCUUUUGAACCUGUAAUCACAGAUAUCAAGGGAACUCCAGGUUACAUGGACCCAGAGUAUGUGAUCACCCAAGAGGUAUCUGGGAAGAGUGACAUAUACAGUUAUGGAGUGAUAGUCUUGGAGCUAGUGUCCGGAAGAAAAGCAAUACAAGACAACAAGAACUUGGUAGAGUGGGCCCAGGCAUACAUAACGUCAGAUUCGAGGAUAACUGGACUUGUGGACCCCACCAUUGGAGACUCGUUCGACUACGACCAACUUUUGACACUAGUGGCAAUCAUAAGAGGGUGCACGCAGAGAGAGGGGCGGGCCAGGCCUUCCAUCAAGCAGGUCCUCAGGCUUCUAUAUGAAUGUGCAGACCCUAUGCACAAUGUGUUUGUUGACGAAUAUGAUGAGGUUGAACGUAGAGGAAGAGCAAACCGGCCGGGUGGGGCCCUCCUACCUUCGUCUUCAAGUACUUCUCGUUCACGCUGCAGUAGGAGCGUCGUGAACGAGAGUGGGUCCCCUGACUCUCAUUCCAACCUACCUUCUGACUUCUGAUAGAGAUAUUGAAGCAAAGAAGUUAUACUCUCCUCUACCUUAAAGGCCAAAAACAAACCAAUUUACUUGUACUAUAGAAUUUUCAUUCUUUUCUCCCUUCAAUUGAUGAUUUUGCCAGAAAGUUUUGAGGGAGGAACUGGUGAUAUUUUCCCCUUUUAUGUCUUACCAAGUAGUUUAAGUCUAGCUCCCAUCCAAACUUUGGUGACAUGAGCCUAAUUUUAUGAAAGCAAUAUGAAGGUUGUGCCCGACUGCCCGUCUUGUGCAAAGGGCCAAAGGGGAACGUGAACGCUUUUUUGUGAAUUU